GAAACCACUCGGCAUCUGAUUCAAGGCUCCAUUUGGAGACCUGGAAUCCAGGGGAGGACUUCCCCGCACUCUUGAUUUCUUCGAGGGGCAUUUCUCCGUUGGCUCUUCGUCACGUUGCUCAGCUAGGGCGCUUGGUGCACACACUUGUCUAGAUCCGAAGCCAUGGGGAAGGUACCAGUUAGGCUGAAAGAGGUUGCUUACACCAUUUCCCCGUACCACCAGCAUGUUAUGACGGGGUUGUGGAAGGACAUUCCUUACAAGUUGAGUAAGAAGUUUCACGAAAAUUGGGUAUCCGCCUUCACUUUGGUGGUUCCCAUUGUCGGCACCUACAUGUAUGCUGAAAAUUACCGGGAACAAGAGAAGCUUCAUCACAGAUACUGAAAUUUAGAAAUGGCGGCUCUGUUAGUUAAGGUUACUGAAAUCCUUGAAUAUUAUUGAGGAUAUUAAUAACGGGUGAACUUGAUGUGAAAUGAGCGUAGAUCAGGUUUUUUGUCCUGGACACGUCCCUUACUCCUACUACGAGGACUGGGAGGCGUUCGUGAUGCGUUUAUUUUUUGUUUUACUUCUAACCUAAAGUCAUGCAUUGACCUUAGUUCUUGUU